CAGAACCAACGCUAUUAAUUCACCAUAUACAAUGGAGUCCGCCGAUCGCCCGUGACACCUCAGAAAUGUGGCGAGCACUGCAACGAAGUCCUGCAACCACCCCAGGAUUAUAUGCAUUCCGUUUUCCUCUUCGUCCACUACCCCACCUCGAUGUGCCAGCGGAUACCUUCGGGUCCGGAGAUACCGUGUACGGAAGCCCAUCUAUGGAGUGGAUGGCUCCUCUCUAGUCCAUCCUCAUGGUGGCCCACAUGGGCACCGGGCGUUACACCUGGCUCUGGUAGGGUCCCGCAUUGGAAUCCAGGCACCUGGCCACCAGUACCACGGGCCACUGAGGUUCCCAUCCAACUCUCCCCAUGGCUUGCUCCAAACCCCAUAGAUCCCAAUGUUCCCCAGAUAGAAUGGGAUCUGGGUACGCAUCCCGCAACAGCCCGAUGGUUCACUGGUGCGCAUGUUAUUCUUCCCCCGGACUCGGCAGGGGGUGGGAGCAUGAGCGCUGGAAUAGGCCAAGAACCAGCGACCUCGCCUGCAUCUGACAAGCUUUUUGUGCUAUGUGAUGUUAGCUCGAUAAACCGAUUCUGGGGCCCAAUCGUCAUCGAACGACCGGGCGGAAGAGUCACGAUCAGUGACCUUCUAGAAGGUAUCUACAUCUUCUUCCAGAUGCACCUUUCACGUGCAGAAGUGGACUAUAUCUCCUCUCUCGGGCCAGAAUAUUAUCGUUUACCACUAGCUGCUUAUCAGAGGAGGGUGGCACAAAGAGGAGUACCAAGAGAUCGGGAUGGGAGGGAUGGGAUAAGGAGGGUGGAUUGUCUUGGGGAUGGAAGGCGGUGGUGGGGUGCCUGGGUAACACAUAACCCGAAUGGCACAUGGCAGUUAAAUCUGGAACUUAGCUUAAACCGCGAUAGUAUAAGGGUCACUAGACCAUCACGCACUUAAAGCAAUGAUAUUAAAAAAAAAAAAUCUGGGACUCGUGA